GCCGCUUCGGGGCGGGAAGCGCCUUACCCACAGGACAUCAAUGCAAGCCUGAAUAAGAAAAACACUUUCUUCCUCCUAGGCCAUGGCAUAUCAGUCAUACAGAAAUACCACUUUGGGAACCAGUCUUCAGGAGAGUCUGGAUGAGCUCAUACAGUCUCAACAGAUCACCCCCCAACUUGCCCUUCAGGUUCUACUUCAGCUUGAUAAGGCUAUAAAUUCAGCACUGGCUCCGAGGGUCAGGAACAGAGUCAAUUUCAGGGGCUGUCUAAAUACAUACAGAUUCUGCGAUAAUGUGUGGACUUUUGUAUUGAAUGAUGUUGAAUUCAGAGAGGUGACAGAACUCAUUAAAGUGGAUAAAGCGAAAAUUGUAGCCUGUGAUGGUAAAAAUACUGGCUCCAAUACUAUAGAAUGAAUGGGGGAAAAAAAUGGCUUCUUUAUGCCAUCUUCUGUUAUUCAGCGCUUUUUGAAGAGAAGCAUAGAAAAGACUUUUUUUUAUUUAUUCUAGCAUUGCAGACAUGACUACACUGUGCUAUACUAUCAGAG